AUGCCUCUAACAGUUCUCGCCCCUCCUGUUGCCGGCUCGCGCCAAUAUCCGCCUGUUGGCGAAGUCGAACUCAUGGCCUUCCCUCAGCGUGUGAGUGACGACUUGAGAUAGUGGGUCGCCACUUCGAACGGCCCGUUUGUGCUCAAGUAUUUGUGAGCUGAGACGUCGUCCUGUUUGGUCUGUGUAGUGCCAAGGACAGUUUUGGCACGAGAUUUGAUGGACUACGCCCGACUGUUCACCUACGCCCAGCCGGUACUUCAUUUUCAUGAUCCUGCUACGUAUGGUAGCCGCCGGAUGAUGUGGGAUGUCCACGCCUAACUCUGACGCAAUGCGUUCUGCAGCCUCGGACAUAUUCUUUAUGUACGGUAGGAAGUUCCAAGUUGUUGGUGUCUUUUUCGUAUGUCCGCCGUGGGCGCGUACGUAUGCAGCGGCUGAUGAAACUAUUUGGGUAGCCGUUCUUUGUUAACUGGUCCCUAAGAUGCCGUAGUUCUUUCAGCCUUCCUUCGGGCUCGCUACAGCGCGUUUUUACUCGGUCGAAAAGCGUCCUCACACAGCCGCGUUUGUGCACCAAUGGGUGGUUGUUAUGAUAGUUGAGGAAAUGGGUUGUAUUGGUCGCCUUUCUGCACACUGUAGUGCUGAGCAUAACGUCAGUUGUGCGUGUGACGAGCACGUCAAGGAAGGGUAGUUUCUCAUCCUCCUCAUCUUCUCUUGUAAACUGAAUGUCGGGAAAGAUGCCGUUAAGCAGGUCUUGAAAACCCGAUAACCUGUCCUUUUCAAUAACGACGAGUGUACCGUCCAUGUAUCGGCGCCAAAACGCAGGUUUGUAGUGGCUGAAAGCAACCUUUUCCAGCUCUUGUAGGACCAAUUCCGCAAUUAAGCUGGAUAUUGGGGAACCCAUGGGUGUUCCUUUGAUUCGUUCUUUUGUUCUGCCAUCGAAGCUGAAAAGGGUUCGCUGGCAGAAUGCGGAAAGCUGCAUUUGGUGUUGGAUAUUUAGGGGUCCUGUCAUUGCGUCGUACUUUUCUUUGAGGCGUUUGCGUAGCACGUCGCGCGCCAAGUCUGGUGGGAUGAACGCGAAAAGUGAGACAGUGUCAAAGGAUAUCAUGAUUUGGUCGGGUAGACUAGUUUUUCCCAGAAUGUCGGCAAGGGAUUGGGAGGCCGAAUUGACGUACGUCACAGAGCCCUCUCGGAGAAAAUUGAGUUUUCGGGACAUCCAUUUGGCCAGAUUGUAUGUGGGACUGCCUUUCAGGGCAACGAUUGGCCGCAGAGGAACGUUGCGUUCUACUGCGUUCGCUCACUGCGGAUGGCGGGAGUUGCCUGAGUUAGCGAGUUCGGUUUACAGUGAGAACUCAUCAGGCCGGAUUAUAGUUUCACACCACUAGAUGGUAGUCACUAAUGAUUAAAUAUGCGAACUUAAGUGUUUGAUACAUAUAGCAUGCUUAGCUCUUUCAUCUUGGUUGUACUUGAAUCACGUCUCUAACUAGGCCUAAAAGAUGAUUAAGUUUAGGGUCAAGUGUAAAGUCAGGUUAAAAAUUUCGGUUUGUGAAAGGAUUGGGGUUGGAGCUAGGGGCAAGGUUAGGGUUGGGGUUAAGUCUGUCAGCCGCAUACCCUCUCAAACCAAUCCGGCAUUCUUCAACCACUAACCCUGGAUUACCUGUUUUCCACCCCCUUGCGCGCUCUCAGUUUACACGUUGCAAAUUACACUGUCCGCUCCGGCUCCUCGUUGGAGUAAUACAACAAAUAUAGGACAGAAAUGCAAAUUUUCUAUCUGCCUUCAGCAAAUUCCGUUAGUUGCGACGUUCGCUUGCCCUACUGACAAAACUAACAUUAACAUCCUCCCCGUAUCCAGCAGUCCCGGUGCCCUAUUUUCUCAUCGGGCUUACAUAUUAAAUCCUUGCCCUUUAAUCAGUCACGUGGGAGGUAGGGUUGUGAGGGGACGGUAGAAUGGGCUGUUACUAACGCCAUCAACCCUAACCACUGGUCGUGGGAGGUCGAUCACGUGACCCGGCCAAUUACACGGAGAUGCUUAGUCGUAGUCAAAACUAGGAUUUUUAAUGCAGUCGUUUGGUCAACCGCAUGGCCAAUGUCCACAAGAUGCUUCGUAAUUUAACUCACAAGAAUCCUAUUUUCCGCCUUCACCAAUCAGCAUGGCAUAUAUUCAAUCGACCGAGUGGGGUACAUGGGCAGCAAGAGGUAAAGAGAGUUUGGAAUCUUCAUUUUUUGUGAAAAACAAUCUCUGCUCGAAGACAAGUGUUCACUGUACAGGGAAGAAGCAUACAAAAUGGUUUCGCCCCUAACUAUUUGAGGGCACGUUUUAGUUUUAGAUUCAGGCCUAUGCUGCAAAAAGGUGGAGAAGGUGUAGAUUCCUCAUCCAAAUUCCUUGCAAAGGUCUGGGCCUCAAAGUAACCAUGACAUGACAUGUAAUAUUAAGCUCACGCACAGACUGUGGUCAGAAAACGUUUGGAACUCACCACGUGCCGAAUGAUCUAUCAAUGGAAGUAAAAAAGACUUCAGCAGCAGUCGAACUGAAGGUGUAAGACGCGGGCUGGUGCGAGUCAAGGAGGAAGUUGUGCUGACUAGUCAGUAUAGCUGGUCGUGUGACUGCAACCGAGCAGAGGUUCUGGUUGUUGUUGUUGUUGUUGUUGAUGAUGAUGAUGAUGAUGAUGAUGAUGAUGAUGAUGCUGAUGAUGAUGAUGAUGAUGAUGAUGAUGAUGAUGAUGAUGAUGGGCAGGAAAUAGCUCCUAACAACAAACUCGGCCUUCGACAUGUCCAGGCAAAGUGCGCGGAGAAUGACCCUGUUGUCUAA